AUGGCUACCACGGCGACAGCACCAAUAGCCAUAGAGUUUUCGGCUCCGCCAUCGCCUGUAAAUGAUGCGCCGGCCUAUUCCGAGUCGGCCGCCGAGCCGGGACAGCAGCUUACGCAAGUGCUGACAUCCUCCUCUCGGCGCUCAUCCGCCUCGUCCGUACCGUCCCGCCCGUCGCUCACCCGCCGGACAUCGCUUGAGGAGGACUACUUCUACCGCGAGGUCAUGACCGUCGAGAAACGGCCCACCGAGCCGCCGCCGUCGUACGAGACGACCAUGAAGAAGAUCCGGCGAAAAGAACGACAAGAAGCUGCUGCGGCGGCAGCAGCCAUGGCUGCAGAAACAACAACGGCGGUGGCAGCCGAGGCAGCAGCGGCCAGCAAGAGCGACGUGUCGGAAACGACGCCGCCCUCGCCAACACCGGUUCUGUCCUCGACAAAGGGCAAGGAAACGGCUUCCUCUCGUCCCACGGCCUCCAAGUCCAAGUCCAAGUCCAGGUCCAAGUCUGCGCCUGCGCCUGCGCCCCUUUCCAACUCUGGCGCCGUUCACACCAACACACCCGAUGACGUCCUGCCUCCCUACUCCUGUGACAUUCACAUCGAAGGCGUCUUUCAGCGCAAGAUGGAAAUUGAGAAUGCCACCAAGCGAGCCGAGGAUCGUCGCUGGGCUACGUCCUACGUGGUUCUGCACGGCACCUCUCUCGAGAUCCACCAGUGCCGCAAGGACCGCAGCUGGGCCGGCCGCACGACCCGUACGGGACCGGGUGUGUCGCCCGACCGCCCGCCAUGGAUGCACAAAGCCGGACUGGAGAGACGAUAUAACCUGUCGUACGCCGACGUCGGCAUUGCGGCCGACUAUGUAAAGCGCCGCUACGUGAUUCGUGUCCGCGCCGAGACAGAUCAGUUCCUGCUAUCGUGUGUGGAGCUGGAGACCUUUAUUCAGUGGCUCGAUGCCCUUUUCGCGGCGCUCAGCAUUGCUGCGCCGAUUGACGAGCGUGACUUUCCCCGCGAUCAGAGCAUCCCGCGCCUGCAACGUAUUCGCUGGUACCGCGGCCGCGACCGCGAGGCGGAAGCCAACCAGGAUCGCGAACGGGGCGAGGAUCGUGAGCGGGAAAGCGAACGGGAGACCGAUCAAGAGAGUGACCGCGACAGUGACCGCGACGGUGGCCGCGAAAACAGACAACAGCUGGUCGGCGGCAGCGCCAGCGGUGACAGCAGUGCUGACGACGAGGCUGCUGAUGUGAUUAGCGCACUGCCCUCGCCUUCGCUGUCGCGGCCCAUCUCGCCCACGAGGCUACCGUCCAAGUCCGUGCGUACGGGACAGUCGCUAGCUGCGGCAGCUGCUGCCGUACUUGAGGAAGAGUCCCGUCGGGUUACGGGCGCCGCCCCCAUCACGGCUGCCGACGCGGCUGCCUCCGCUCCGCGAGUUGGUUUGGGAUCGACCAACGCCUCGUCCAUCUCGCUGGCUACCGCGUCGUCUGCGUCGACUGUCGCCGGUCCGUCCACGGCGCCGCUGCACAACUUGACUGCGCAACAACAGGCCGCCUCCCGGGCCAUGCUGUCGCAGGGGAACCCAGUCCCUGACAACAAUCUCCAAGGCAAGAAUGGUGGCACCGGCGGUCGGUUCUCACUCCGUUCGAUUCGUUCGCGAUUCAACCUUGGUGGCGGCCCAGGCGGCGGCGGCAGCAGCAGCAGCAGCAACAGCAACAGCAACAACACGAACAGCGCCGGACGGAUGAUGAAUGCACCGGCUGGCUUCCGCCACCACGCGGUUGACGCGACGACAGGCAAGUGGCAGCCGAGCCACCGCUGGACCAAGACGCACGACAUGGUGUAUGCAAAGCUGUGCUACGCGACGCUGCUGUUCCGCAGCCCGCGCAAGUCCAACUACAUUGUGAUGCGCGGCAAGCAGUGGCUGGUGGACUGGAGCACGGGCAACAUGGUGCGCGUGAGCCCGCCGCGCUACGGCGAGAUUGAGACGCAGCCUGGCCCGUUCCAGGUGCUUCGGACGGAGAACACCAGAAUCUAG